AUGACGACGCAAGCCGUCGCCGACGAGGCCAUCAGUUGCCUCGUCCACUACCGCGGCGACGCGCAAGCCUACGACCUCUCGCUGCGCAUCACGGUCCGGCCGAGCUGGUUCGCCCGGACGACGCGCGCGGCGCUCCUCGGCCCGUUCUGCGACGCCUACAACCGGAAGGUGAAAGGCGGCCCGGCGCUGGACCCCUUCGCCGCGCGCAUGGUGAUGGUAGACGGUUCUAUCGUCGGCGGUGGCGAGGGCGUCGGCGCCGUCGUGCAAGCGGUCCAGGAGCUCUUCGUCGUGGGCCGCGACUACUGCUUCCACCGCACCUGGCGCGACCGCGACCUCGCGAUUUGUGGGCGACCGUCGUCGGAGCUCGCCCUGCGGACGCCGGCGGGCCUCCUGGUCUACGCCUCCGAUAGGUAUAGGGAGCCGCCGGCCGCGGCGAACGCGGCGUUGCUGCCACUCGGAGAGCGCGCGCACGACCUCCUCGCGGACCCGGACGCGAGCUUCGUCCAGGUCCGCGCCGCGGCGUCGCGGUGGCUGAACUGCGGCCCGUCUGAGGCGGACGCGCUCGCCUGCGUCGACGGCAAAAAAAGGACGCUGCUCCACGCCGCGGCGACGCGCGGCGACGCGCGGCUCUGCGCCGACCUCGCGAAGCUCCACGGCGGCGUUUUAGUAAGGGCGCUCGACGACAACCACGAGACGCCCAUUCAUGCGGCAUCUCUGUGCGGCCGCGCGCUGGUCCUACGGGAGCUCUGCCGCUUCGCGACGCCCGAACUAGUAAACGAGCGCAACAAAAACCUCCUGUCGCCCCUCCAAUUGUGCUGCGGCGACGACGCCGCGGGCUCGCCGGCGGCGGCGCGCGUUUUGGUAGAGCGCGGCGCCGACGUCGACGCGGUCUGCUGGGACAAGACGCCGCUCAUGCUCGCGUGCUUGAACCAGCACGCGGAGCUCGUCGAGGAGCUCAUAAACCUCGGCGCGGACCCGAUGCUCCGCGACGGCGACCUGCGCAUGGCGGUGGAUCAUUGCAAGCACCCGGCGACGGCGGAGUUCCUCUGGGGCCUCAUGGAGGGCAAGUUCCUCUCCCAGAGUGCCGCGCCGGCCUUCGUGCGGCCGGAGCCCGCGGCGCCGCGCGCCUUCGCGUGGCGGCGCGAGUCGCUGGCGGACGCGCUCGCGAUUCUGGGCUGCGCGGGCGACUUCGACGCCGCGGCCGCGCGCCAGGCGUGGCGCCGCCUCGUGCUCGAAUAUCAUCCGGACAAGCGGCCGCAUGAUUUCGACGCGUGGGCGCCGGAGAAACGGCGCGAGUGGACGGGCCGCUUCCACGCGGUCCAGCGGGCCUACGAGGCCGUCGAGGCGCACGUCGCGGCGCUCGAGGGCCGCUAA